AGCAGGACAUGAGUUGAAGAAUUAAAGCUCCAAUUUUUUUAGUAGGAUGUGAAGCGGAUCAUCAUCGUCUUCUGCUCCCAACCGAAGAUCUUAUUAGGCUUCUUCCAUUUAUCUCUCUCACGUAGUCAGACGCAUUUUACUGCGAAACAAACAGUGAAAAAUACGAACUUUAGCCACUUUUUAUUAGGUUACUAUCUGUAUCUAGCUUUUGAUCGGUCGAUAGAAGAGCGGAAAAUUUGACGAGUUGUGGGUAGAUUCGAGGGAGUCAAUCAUGGCAGUCGUCGAGAAUACUGGUGCUGAUUUGGGGGCGAGUGUGGGAGCAUCAUCAGUGUCAUCAUCAACCAGUCAAGAUUCAAGUGUAUCAUCGCUUGAUCAGGAUCAGCCGAAGCAAACCCACGUUCGAUCGAGAAUCGACACGGGUUUGCAUCAGAACAGCAAUCUGCCGGUUCUCCGCCAUGAUCAAGUUCUCUACGGGAAGAUCGGGGCUCAGGUGGGCCACGUGGCGAGAUCCGACGGCGGCGAUGGCGACGAGAGUUUCAAGCGUGAUAUGAGGGAGCUGCAGGAGCUCUUCUCUAAGCUGAACCCCAUGGCUGAGGAGUUCGUUCCUCCUUCGCUGGCCAAGCACGGAGGUAAUGGGGUCAACGGAAUUAAUGGAGGGUUUUAUUCUAACAGCUCCCUUUUGAGUGACAACUUCAGUGCUGCCGCCAGAAAUGGCCAAGUUAACGAGAACUCUGGUGGUCGACGGAAGAAAAUUUUUGGACUAGGGAAACGUAGGCUGAAUAGCCGGACAAGUAUGGCUCAGCGUGAAGAAAUAAUUCGAAGAACUGUGUAUGUUUCUGACAUUGAUCAACAGGUUACUGAAGAACAGCUUGCUGGCUUAUUUGUCAGUUGUGGACAGGUGGUUGACUGUCGUAUAUGUGGUGAUCCUAACUCUGUACUUCGUUUUGCCUUCAUUGAGUUUACUGACGAAGAAAGUGCACGGGCUGCUUUAAAUCUAUCUGGGACAAUGCUUGGAUUCUACCCAGUGAGAGUGCUGCCCUCCAAAACGGCUAUUGCACCAGUUAACCCAACAUUCUUGCCCAGGAAUGAAGAUGAACGUGAGAUGUGUGCAAGAACUAUCUAUUGUACAAAUAUUGAUAAGAAGGUUUCUCAAGCUGAUGUUAAACUCUUUUUUGAAUCUGUAUGUGGGGAGGUCUAUCGUCUGAGGCUGCUGGGGGACUAUCACCAUUCAACUCGUAUUGCUUUUGUGGAGUUUGUGAUGGCUGAAAGUGCAAUUGCGGCUCUCAACUGUAGUGGUGUGGUUUUGGGUUCGUUACCAAUAAGGGUGAGCCCAUCAAAGACUCCUGUUCGGCCACGUGCCCCUCGUCUUCCCAUGCAUUGAAAUAUCUUUGGCAUGACAGGCUGAUUUUAGUUCCAGUUCAUAUAUAUGGAGAUAAAUACACACACCCAUGUAAAGAUGUUUCCUACAUCUCUGGUCUAUCUCUUUUGUACUUACCUUUGGUUCCCUGCUUCGUAGUCCGGGAUCUUUAUGGCAGGGCUUAUGCCAUGUUUAUUCUAGAGAUGCAUAGAGUUGGAAUUUCGAGGCUUUGAAAGAUAUUUAACAGCUUAAUCAUGGAUAGGGCUGGUCCCAAAAUUAAACUUCUUGCAGGACUUCUGGUAAUUAAAUCCAACAGAAUGUAGCAUUUUUAUGUUAUGUGACCUCACAUACUCAUGUUUUCUCCA